AUGGUGGGCUCGGCCCGCUGGGUGCUGUGUCUGUGCCUGGGCUGGGGCUGCCUGUGCCUGGCGCUGGGGGACGCGCUCAAGGCUCGCUGGGUCGGGCCGAGGCGGAGAGCGGCGCCGGGAGGAGCGCGGGGCGGCCGGGCGAGAGCCGCGGCAGGUGACUACGGCUUGGGGCAGCGGCGGCGGCCCGAGCAGCUGCAGCCGGGGGACAAGGUCUCCGAGCACAUGCUGCGCCUCUACGACCAGUACAGCGGCGGCGGGCAGGAGGCGGCGGCGCCGCGGGACCCCGCGGCGCUGCCCGCGCGGCACCCCCGCCGGGGCAACACGGUGCGCGGCUUCCGCCCGCUCGCCCCAGGGAGCCCUGGAAGCCAAGAGCUGUAUGCUUUUAACUUGACCUCCCUCACCAAGUCGGAAAAUAUCUUGUCAGCCUCGGUGUAUUAUUAUAUUGGUGAUCUGCUGAACGCUGACUGGAACUGUUCCCGAUCCAGAGACUGUUCUCGUCACAGGCACGGGAAACCUGAAAUUCAGAUUCAGCUGUCAGUUUGGACCUUUCCUACUGUUGGGAACCAGACUCGGAGUCUGGGACGUUUCCUAAUAAAUGUCUCCGCUGCGAAUCGGGAUGUCCCAGCCUGGCAGUGGAAGGAUAUCACUCAGGUCCUGCACGAGGCAAAGCAAAACGAUGAGCUUCUGAUCAAUGUCAAAAUGGAUGUGAGUAACCAUCAUCCCUGGAAAAAAGCACCUUCUUGCUAUGAACCCUACAUUUUGGUAUAUGCCAAUGAUUCUGCCAUUUCAGAGCCGGAGAGUGUUGUCUCCAGCUUGCAAGGGCACCGUAAUCCCCUGGUGAGGAUCUUCCCCAGGACAGAAAACCACGUCAAGAGUGGCCUCAGCAAGCGGCGGCGGAAACGCUCCGCAAACGUCCUGCUGCCAUUGCAGAAUAAUGAGCUUCCUGGGGCCGAGUACCAGUACGGUGAGGAUGAGCGAUGGGAAGACAGAAAGCCCUACAAAACCCUCCAGCCACGGCUGGCAGAGAGGGCAAAGAGUAAGAAAAAGCAGAGGAAGAAUCAUCAGCAGAAGAGCCAGACUCUCCAGUUUGACGAGCAAACCUUGAAGAACGCCAGGAGAAGGCAGUGGAACGAGCCGAGGUACUGCGCCCGGCGCUAUCUCAAGGUGGAUUUUGCAGACAUUGGCUGGAGCGAAUGGAUUAUUUCCCCUAAAUCCUUUGAUGCCUAUUACUGCUCGGGAGAAUGCCAGUUCCCAAUCCCAAAGGCCCUGAAGCCCUCAAACCAUGCAACCAUACAGAGCAUAGUGAGAGCGGUUGGAGUGGUCCCCGGCAUUCCCGAGCCUUGCUGCGUUCCUGACAAAAUGUCCUCUCUCAGCAUCUUAUUCUUCGAUGAAAAUAAGAAUGUGGUUCUUAAGGUCUACCCUAAUAUGACAGUGGAGUCCUGUGCAUGCAGAUAACAUUGCAGCGGACCCCUUUGAAAUGCUGAGGUGAUUGGUUACUAUUGGGUUGUUGUUUUUCAUGGUUUCUACUUCUUGUUUGCACUGCCAAUGCAUUUCAUUCUGAAAACGAAAAUAAAUCGGAAUAAGAAGAUGGAGUGGAUUCUGGAUAGGAAUUCCCAAGGAUGGGCCAUAUGAAAACGUAGCUUAUCUUUGGAUGUGUCCCAGAGGUAAGGUCUUGGUGAUGGACACUUAUCGUUUCUUUGGAAAAAGAAAGAUGAAAGAGCAAUCUACAGAAGACUCUUCAAGACAUUAAGAGACUGUCAGAAGGACAUAUUGAUCUAUUUUUGUACAAGAUUUUGGAAACAGCGGUCGCUGUUAAUUCUUCUCUCCAUUCUUCUAGUGACUAAGGGAGGUGGAGAGCAGAAAUAUAGUACUCUCUUUUAAAGCUAAGCUUUCUGCUUUAGUUUACCGAGUAGAGCGCUGUAAGGAAAACAUAAACAAAUCUGACAUUCUAAGAGCCUUAGAUAAUCCAGCUUAGACAUAUAUUUCCUCAGUAUGACAUUUCACUGACUCUGUAUAUGUAUUCAUUUUCAUUAAUGUAUUCCUUGUAGUAUCUCAAAAGUAAAACCUUAACUCAGUGGGUAAAGGUAUGAAAGUGUCACUCUCAGUGAAGUAGAUGAGUAAAUUGUUCAUAAGAAAUAUUUUACAAAAUAUUUGCAACUUAUUAUGCACAAAUCUACAGUAGUUGAUUGUUGAUGUGAAAUUAUUUGGUGCAUAAUUUUUGAUCUGUAAAAUUUCACUAUGAUUAACUGAAACUAGUUCUGUUUCAUUAGUUCUGAAUAGGUUACAUGAAUCUGAUGUAGCAUGUCUUUUGUUUCUCAUCUUGGUCUGCUUCUGCUUUUAAAAUGAAGUUUGUUGUUGCUAUGCUGUCAAUUUAGGAAUUCUUACCAGCAGGUUUUGCACAAAAAAAAAAAAAAAUGCUUUCCUUUAAUUUAUCCAUCAGCUUAUUCAUUUGAGAGAUUACUAGCAAGGAAAAAAAAAAGUCUAAUGGAUCAUAUAUAUAAAGAGCUCGUUCUCUCAUUUGGAGAAUAUUCACAGGAAAAUUUCAAAAAAUCCUGUUUCAUUUCCACCAACAUAAUCUAUAGAGAAAGAUGUUUGUUUGAAGUGCCUCUGGCUGCAAGAACAAUGUUUAUAUUGCACUAAGGGUCAACACUGAACAAGCUUUUCAUGUUAUCAACAUAAUUUAUGAAAUGGUAUUCUUAAAUAGCAAAUACACAUUGUGAAUAAACUAACUCCCAAGUCAUAAUGAGGGUUAGAUUCUCCA